AUGCCCACUUCUACAGAGUUCUUUGGUUUUACUGCCUAUAAUCUGGGUCCAUUAACUACAACCUUCUCGGCCCCGUCAGCUUGUGCAACUGGCACUGAUCAUCAUGUCAUCGCCAACGGAAGCGCACCCUACGAGGUCUGGGGCUUCCCGACGUGCGGUUUGAAAGACCAAGGUAGUUGUAUACCCAGCGGAAAUUCAUAUGAUUCGCUGCGAAGUGUGACUACACCGCUGAACCGGGCAUGGUAUCACUACUACUCCCCCGGAAUAGCCUGUCCAUCUGGUUGGACCACAGCUGGAUCCAUGGUAAAAGACGGAGAUUCCUCCCUCAGCGUAUCCGGGGUCUUUUCACGCCCGAUACGGUCAGCUACCUAUGAAGCGCAGCCACUCGAGGCUUCUGUCUUCUGGGGCCAAAUUAUGAAUGUCUCAGAAACAAUUGCCUUGUGCUGUCCCAGUGAUUACGUGGCAGAUCCCGGUGGAAGCUGUUUCUCAACGGUUGGUUCAAUGAGUGAAUUCAACUAUUCAUCCGUGUGCCUCAGCCCAGCGCCAGUGCAAAUAAUAACUGUCACGAGUGUGGAUGGCGCUUCGUUAACACAGCCAUUGAUUUCUUUCGACGUUCUGAGUACGCCAGCUUCAACGUAUGAAGAUGACAGCCUAUUUACUCAUUCACGGUAUUCGACUGAACUUGCUGUUGCUACUUGGGUGCCAGCGGUGCCUUUGGUUCACCAUCAGUCUGAUCUGGAUGAAGCGGAGGACGAGGAUGAGGACGAUAGUGAUAAUGAUGAUGAGAAUGAGGGGGACGGUGAGGGUAGUGAUGGAAAUGCUGCUUCCACCAAAACUCCUGGAAAUGGAGUUGUGAGUGUUUUUGGACUGACUCUGGGUAUCCUGGCUGGUAUGGGCAUGCUUCUAUGA